AUGGGCAAAAAAGGAAAGCGCACAACCGAUGGGACAGAAGACCCUCGUCGUUCUGAGACUCUGCGACACACAAGAGUCUACGGACCGCUGGUGCUACCCGACGGCAAGGGCGAGAACGAUGCGGUCGACCUCGAACUCACAUCGAAGCGCAUCUAUCAAGACACGAUUUUGAGCAUCGACGGCCUGCUGAGCCCCCGUGAGUGCGCCGCCUGGAUACGGUACGGCGAAGGCCAGGGGUUCGAGCGGAGCUUUCAUAGACAGACGUCCGAGAUGGCCCACCGCGACAACGGGAGGAUAACCCUGCACAGCGCCGACGUGGCGGCCGCCGUGUUCGCAAGGGUGGGGAAGUUCGUGCCGGCCAACAUGGGCGGAAGGCGACCGUUAGCGUGCAACUCCAACAUCCGCAUCUACCGGUACGCCGUCGGGCAACGGUUCGGCAAGCACAUCGAUGAAAGCGUCGACGACGAGAACGGGCUGACCAGCCAGUGGACGGUCCUCAUCUACUUGAACGGCGGAGGAGAAGGCGGCGGCGGCGCUGCUGCGGGUGGUGGUGCAUCAGGAUCGAAGAAGAAGGGUAGGAGUGACGGAGGUGGGACCUUUGCCGGCGCGGGGGAGGAAGGGGCGCCGCUUCGUGGGGGCGAGACUGUGUUCUACAAGGCCGCAGCUGACGCUCUUUGCUGCGUACCAUUAUUUCCUAUUGGAACAAGAGGCUUCAAACAAAUCUUGGAAGAGAGCGUAUCAGUACACAGCCCUACUCUCCCGCUUACUCAAGUGCCCUGUUCCUUAUUUCCAACGUGUGUGUUGCUGCCGCUCAACCCUUCCCCUCUCUCCGCCGUCCUCCGCGCGUUAACUUUCGGUUCGCUCUCGUCCUGUUUGUUACCCUUCAAGGGCAACUACGGAGACAAGGUUGCGGCGAGUUUUUCGCCGAGACAGGGGGCAUGCCUCGUUCACGGCCACGGGCAGCAAUGCCUCCUGCACGAAGGCGCCGCGGUCACCUCCGGAGUGAAGUACCUCCUCCGAACCGACGUGAUGUACGGGUAGGGGUUGGCCCGCCUCGAAUUAACCCACCUCGAAAUAGCUGCGGGGAGCCUUCUUCGCCCCUGCCUGUGUACAUGCACGGACAGCAGUGGUCUAGUGCUGACCAGGUUCAGGCAGGCUCUAGGAACGUGUGUGGGCGAGACCCUCUGCUUUGGUUUCGGCUGUGGUGCUCUCGGGGAGUGCUGAGCUCCCGACUCCAGGCAGGUUACGGACGCGCUGAUGCUGUAAAUUUUGUACAUAGAAAAAAUCAGGUUGCGCCAUCCGAGAUGAGCAUGCUAAACGCGCCAACAAGCCCACGCUAACUAAUAGCUUGCCCAGGGAGCCACGAGCCACCUCGUAGGCCCAGCGCAGUCGUCUCUUGUAUGGCUGACUUCCGGGGGGUGGGGAGUUCUUGAGUUCCGCGGGACUCGUCCACG